AUGCAAGUUAAGGCUCAAUCUCUCCUUAGUAAUUUUUUUCAACUUUUAUACUUGACUUUUCAUAUUAUUUUCGGUUUUUCAAAAUCAGUCGAACUUAUCCCUAUUAAAAGUACCGUUGAUGAAAAGUUGUCCUCUCACUGUUUGGACAUCCUCCCGGAAUUAUCAGUAGAAGGUUUCAAAGUUUCAUGCUUGCGAAAAGUUGAAAUCGAAGAAAUUUUAUUUUGUGAGACAGUUUACCUUGCAAUAUCAUUGCGUAUGGCUCAGCUUGCACUCGUAGAAACCCAACUAGUAGGCAAAUCAAGAUUAAUUUUGUUACGAAGUUCCACAAUUUAUAACAUGAAAUUGCACUAUAGAAAGCAGUGUUUUCAAUGUCAACAGAUCCACCGGAAUUCACAGCUUUGA